ACCGGUCGUCACUCGUCAGUGCUUCUCUGGAUGCCGACGCGAACGGAGCUCCGUGCGGUCGAUCUCCAGUACAAUCGCGACCGCGGUGCGCAGUCUCGAGUUCUGAAGGUGUCAGUGAUAACUGCGAUACCGCUCCGCCAAUCGCCGUGGCGUAAGCGAUAAACUAUCAGCAGUGCAAGUCGAUCUGUGUCGAAUCGAAAUUUUUCACGCGGCAAUAAACGAGUGCUUUUCUGUUUUUUUUUUCUGUUACACGGGAUUCUGUUGCUAUAAUUACAUUACCUACGUGUGAAUUCACUGUGAGUGUGUUGGACCAUGAGGCCCAAGGAAGAAGUGGACGCGAAGGUCCAAACGGGGACCUUCAUCCUGUCCGAGAAAAUAGAUGACACCAAGUCGAAGAAGAGUGAAAAGGAGAUGAAGAAAGAAAUGAAAAGGCUAGAGAAGGAGAAACAGGAGCGGGAGAAGAGGGAGAAGAAGGCACGGGAGAAGGAAAAGGAGAAAGAAAAGCAAGCGAAAAGAGGGAAGGUGGUGUGCGGCGCGUGCGGCGGCAAGUGCAGCGGCGAGGUGCUGCGCGUGUCGGACAAGUACUUCCACAUGGCGUGCUUCACGUGCCGCACGUGCUCCGCCUCUCUCGCCAAGGGCGGCUUUUUCUGCAAAGACGGCCACUACUAUUGUCCCCAGGACUACCAGCGCGCGUUCGGCACGCGGUGCGCGGCGUGCAACCAGUACGUGGAGGGCGAGGUGGUGUCGGCGCUCGGAAACACGUAUCACCAAAAGUGCUUCACCUGCGCGAGAUGCAAACGCGCGUUUCCAUCCGGUGAGAAGGUGACGUACACAGGUAGCGAGGUGGUGUGCGCGUCUUGCACCGCCGCACCGCAGCGACACACCGCGCACACCACGCGCACGCGAGCCUCGCCGCCCUCGCCUGCCUCGCCGCUCACACCGCCCACGCCGCACUCGCCACACUCGCCCACGACGCCCACGGACCACGAGCGGGAGCAACGACAACCCGACCCUAAUGAAUGUGCGGGAUGCGGACAAGAACUUUCGGAAGGACAAGCGCUAGUGGCCUUGGAUCGCCAGUGGCACACGUGGUGCUUUGCGUGCGGAGAAUGCGGCACGGUGCUGCAAGGAGAGUACAUGGGGCGCGCGGGCGUGCCUUACUGCGAACGUGACUACCAACGCCUUUAUGGCGUACGAUGCGCGUACUGUCAGCGAUACAUUUCGGGGAAGGUCCUGCAGGCCGGGGACAACCAUCAUUUCCAUCCGACGUGCGCUCGCUGUAGCAAGUGUGGAGACCCUUUUGGCGAUGGAGAGGAAAUGUUCCUUCAGGGCGCUGCUAUUUGGCAUCCGCGAUGUGGGCCUGCGCCCCACGCUCCUCUGGAUUUAGAGCGAGCCUCCUCAGAGCUACAGUUCUCGCUGCGCUCGCGCACGCCCAGCGUCAACGGCUCGUACUGCAGCCCCUACAGUAGCUUGACCAGGAAGUACGGCUACCGAGCAGUGUCACCCGGGCUAACACUGCGCGAGUACCGAGACUCGCGGGACGAGACGUGCUCUCCGCAUCGCAUCACCACGUACUCUUACCUAGCGAGCGAGCCAACCACGCUGCGGCGAUGCGUACAACCGUACGACAGGCCGCCCACCUCGCCACACUUCCACAGACCACCAUCGUCUGCUAGCACGCGCGCCAGCUCUCGCGCCGGCAGCAAGGCGUCGUCGCGGCCCGGCAUGCGCGUGCUGGUCGACUCCAUCCGCUCCGAGACGCCCCGCCCCAAGUCUCCACAUAUGAACAACGAGGAACCAAUCGAGCUAUCUCACUACCCCUCGGCCUACAAGCCGCCGCCCGGCACCAAGCCUAAAAUAGAAAGAGACGACUUCCCCGCGCCGCCCUACCCCUACACGGACCCUGAGCGUCGGCGGCGUUGGUCAGACACGUACAAAGGCGUGCCCGACAGCGACGACGAGGGCGAGCGCGUCAACGGGCUCAACGGCGACGUCGACCCUAAGUUGCGACGAGAGGAACAGGAAUUGUCCAAAAUCGAGACUGGUAUCGCGCAGGUAUUUUUGAAAGAAGUGAAAGAGCGGGAGAAACUUCAGCAAUGGAAGAAACAAAACUUAGACCCUAGAAAUGCUAGCAGGACACCAAGCGCGUCUCGCGAGGCGGGUAUCCGGCUGCGCUACUCGUCGCCGGUGGGCGCGUCGCCGUCGCGCUCGCUCGACCACCCGCGCGCGCUCGACGUGGCGCCGCUGCCGGCCCGCCAUCACCACGUGCCUUCUUACAACGUAUUUACGUACCAUUUGAACGAUGUGGUGUCGUCCCUGCGCGCGGCGCCGCGACCUGGCUACGGGCUCGCAGCGCGCUCGCAUACCUUCUCAUCCAGUACUGCGGGUGACUUCACAUUCAGCGGUCUCGGAGACAAAACGCACAGCACCGACUUUAGCAGCGGCAAAUCAGACAUGCGGACGGACCUUUGCAUUUCUGCCGGCUCUAUCACCGACGUGGAUAGAAGUGCUGUGACGACCGACGGCGGCGUAGUGAUCCGCGGCGGAGGGGUCGUAUCCGCGGCGGCCGGGCCGGUGGGGCCGGGCUCCACCAUGGGCUCGGGGGUCGGCGUCCGCGGCGGAGGCGUCCGGCGCUCGCUGCCCAACAUGGCCACGUCCCAUCUGCUGCACGAGCCCGCCAAGCUGUACCCCUACCAUCUGCUGCUGAUCACCAACUACCGCCUGCCGCCUGACGUGGACCGACUCAACUUAGAGCGCCACCUAUCGGACGCAGAGUUCGAGGCGAUCCUGCAAGUGGGACGCCAGGAGUUCUACCGCCUGCCGCAGUGGCGCCGCAACGAGCUCAAGCGGCGCGCCAGGCUCUUCUAGACGUAGACACUUCUACACUUCUAGACUUGUAGACACUUCUACACCACGCACCGACCGGCGACAGGAGAAUGGUAUUAUUACGUAAGGAUUUUGAUGGUUCUGCCUCAGGUUACAGAGAAGGAAGGCUUGUUUCGACUUUUGUGGAGGUCUAUAGAGCGCACUUUGACUUUGCUCAGACUUAAGACACUGUUGAAACGAAACAGCGCUAUAUCGUUAAAUAAAUCUAUCUCGUUUUAACUGAAAUUUAGAGUAAAGUCUAAGUUCGCUCUAUAGAUCUGAGCCUUAGAUACCAAUCACUCUCCGGUCAAGGAAAAAACUAAAACUGGAAAUCAUAGUCAAGAUAGGGGCUUCUUUAGGGGACCGUUCAUAUGACACAUGUUGCCUGAAUAAUUGGAAUGGAUUUCGGUUUCGUAAAAUACCUACUUACCUGUAUGUAGUGUUUUCCACAUUGGAAUAAGAGUGUCAUUUUUAACCCCUAUUUCCUUUGUUAACCUCCUUCAAAAAAAUAAGGCAGAAAAGAAGCGAUCAAAAUUCUUACGUAAUAAAGGGCCCGCGCGAUUUCGCCUACAUUGUACUGGUCUAUUUAAGUAGAUAAUAGAAGUUUUUUAUUUUUAACUUGUUUUUUUUUUUACCGUCAACAGAAACUGUUUUCUGUCAUCUAUGUGAUAUAGGUGAUUUUAAUUGUGUAUAAUUACAUUUAUUUAUGGUUCUAACGUGUGAUACGAUUUGUUUAAGAACAGUUUUUAUUUAAAUGACGUCGUUUCAGUACUAUUGUAAACGAAAAAAAAAUCGAAACCGCUUGGCGGGUAUUUGCCGAUAAUAAUUUUAUUUAUUUGUAAAUUGUAUCGCAUUGCACGUUGGCUUUAAGUUUUUGUCGUUCUUUUAAUGAUACUAAUUCAAUUGUACACCAAACUUACGGCACUGUUUUAUAUUUUAAGAGUAUCGUCAUUCUUUUCACAACGUAGGGAUCAGAAAGAGACGACAAAAUUUAAGUUAAGUUUUGUUUAGUGUACAAUCGAAUACGUUUUUUUUAAAUAAUGACUACUUUUUUUAAGAGAUCGCGCAGGGCAGCUGUCAAGCGGGACCUGUCUAUUAGUUAAAGGGCCCUGCACACAUUGGCCCAACGUAUUUGGCCACUGCAUUCAGCCAAUAUGUAAACAGUAAAGUUUAGUAGUCUUAAAAAAAUGAAUAAGUUCAUGUACCCAAUGUCUACCCAUCCAUUAGAAUUUUUAAACAAAGUAGUGAAGAGUAUUUUCGUUUGGUGAAUAAUUACAAUUGAGUUCAAAGUGCCCGUAAAAAAUAUCCCCCACCAUUGUAAUUUAGAUGAUUUGUAUUUUAAUAUGCAGCGCUUAAACUUUAAUCAUACACU